AUGACUUACUGUUCCGUUUUCUCAUCAUGCCAAAUUCACACGCUUAUCUUUUAAUGACGGAAGAUGUGCUUAUCACAAACAACGGGACAAUUCCUCCAAAACCUGCAACGUUUCAAAACACACAACCUGAGGUGUUAAUUAGUUACCAGCCAGCCGUGGCCAGACGCAGCAACCUUUACACCGCGGCAGCACUUCGGCCUCUCCGGUCUCGUGGUUCACUCGCUCGGCAGUCUGGGGACAGAGAAGUCGCGACUAGGUACACAGGUUAACCAAUGAAUGCACAUGUGAACUUUCCUCAGAUCCAGAAACACAAUGUCAGCAGAGCCGCAGCAGAGUCCUGUGCUGGACGGGCUGUGUCAGACCCAACUCCCAGUGAAGACAAGGAGACCAAGCAAGAAGGGGUUUGUGAAGACAGCUGAGUACCUGACAGCCAGGUUCCAAGGCGAGGGGGUUCGUUACAAGGCUAAACUAAUCGGCAUUGAUACAGUGCCUGAAGCACAGGGAGACAAAAUGUGUCUGGACUCCAUGAUGAAGCUCAAGGGGCGAGAGGUGGCAGCUCGUAACUCUGGACAGCACAAGCAGAGGAUCUGGUUAAAGGUGUCUGCGGCAGAAAUUCAAAUCAUUGAUGAGAAGUCAGGGCAUGCAGCACACACGCACCCAAACAAGCACAUCUCUUUCAUUAAGAAGGAUGAGACUGACCCAAGAGCCUUCGCCUAUGUGUUUGCACAGGACGGAACCUACACGCUGCUCUCUAUCAAAACAGCAAACUCGGCCGACCCUGUUGUAGAGGACCUUCGAGAUGUGUGUCAGAUUGCUGCCAAGUUAAAUGAGAAUGCUGAUUGCCUACUCCUGGAUGAAGAGGUGACACAAGUCCAAACGGGGAUUGAUGAGAUAGACCUGUUCAACCCAUUGCCUUCAUCUGCAGAUUCAGACACUAACAAGGCAUCGCCAAGCAGUGAGCUUUCAUCUCUCUUCCCCCCUUCCUCUCCCUUCACCCUGCCGCAAGCUCAGCCUCUACCCGGGAGCCCAGUCAGCCCCCUGGAGCUCUACCACACAGGGACACACCAGCCAGUGUGGGCUGCACAGAUGGCCUCCUCAUUCAACCACUUGAGCCAAGUUCAAACUGCGCCCUUUGGGCAACCCACAGCAACCGCCUGGAUCCAACAGGCACCAUUUGGGACACCCAAUCCCAGUCAGCUAGGCCCCUGGGGAGCCCAAGCCUCGCCUACCCAGCCUGCCCCAUGGGGAGGCCCAGGCCCAACCUCACCUACCCAGCCAGACCCCUGGGGAGCCACAGCCUCACCUACACAGCCAGACCCCUGGGGAGCCACAGCCUUGCCUACACAGCUAACCCCACGGGAAGCAAGUGGUCCAUUGAGCCAGCCUGGAGCUGUCCCCGGGGUCUGGGCCCAGUCAGCGCCCACUCAACCUGGACAGCGGGUACCUGGGGUAUGGGGGCAGCCGGGCUCCAUCACCCCCUUCCCAGCCUCUGCCCCUCCCCCUGUUCCAGAGCAGGGCUUCUCCCCUCUCAGUUCAUCCACGGAAACCACCAAGUCGGUCCUGUGGCAGACCUCUGCUAGCUCCAGUUUGUUGGAGAAGGACCCCUAUGCAGCCCUGCGCAUACUCAGUACAGAAUCAAGCUCAGACAUAUGAUGAUUUCCAGCACUCCUAGGACAUCGUCCACACUUACGUUUUCAACAAGCAAGAAAAGAAAAUACUUUUCGUGAUGUCAGCUCCACACCUGUAGAACUGCCUGAUCAAGUAAUCAUUUAUAGAAAACAAUUUGUAGCUCACAGAAUAAUCCCAUAUUAUUAGUGGACUUCCAUUCAUUAUGGGGUUUCAAAUGUGCACCUUUAAAAGAAACGCAGGGCUCCCGAGUGGCGCAUCCAGUAAAGGCGCUCCACGUGGAGUGCAGGAUGCCUCUAUAGUCUGGACGUCGCGAGUUCGAGUCCAGGCUGUUCCUUUGCCGACCGUGGACGGGAGCUUCCAGGGGGCGGCACUCAAUUGGCCGAGCACCGCCCGGGGGGAGGGAGGGCUAGGUUGGCCAGGGUGUCCUCGGCUCACCGCGCACCAGCGACCCCUGUAGUCUGGCCGGGCGCCUGUGGGCUUGCCUGUAAGAUGCCCGAGAGCUGCGUUGUUCUCCGACGCUGUAGCUCUUGGGUGGCUGCAUGCUGAGUCCGCAGUGUGAAAAAAAGCGGUCAGCUGACGGCACACGCUUUGGAGGACAGCGUGUGUUCGUCUUCGACCUCUCGAGUCAGCGUAGGGGUGAUAGCGGUGAGCUGAGCCUAAAAAUAAUUGGCCAUUUCCAAAUUGGGGAGAAAAUAAUAAAAAUAAUUGGCAACGACAAAAUUAAAAAAAAAAAAGAAAAGAAACACAGAACAGAGUAAACAUUUUCAUUUAAAAAAAAUGGGCAGAGGAAACAGAACACACCAGUGCUGCCUCAUUGUAAAAAGAUGUGAGGACGAAAGACAUGAGGUUAAAACAGCAGCACAGCUCCAGAAGCUGCUGGCACUGGAGGUGGCCAAUCAGCUAGCGGGCUAACACAGGGGUCAAGAGCCAGGGCUUCAAGCCAUAGCCAGAAUUAGAGAAAUAUUUAGAUAUUAAACACAACUUUCUAAAAGAAAGUUGAGUAGAAUUCAGUUUACCCAAAAGCCAUCAGCCUGUAAUCUGCUGGUACACCCCUGACUGCUGACACGAUCCGCAAAGCUAGCACACAUCCGUUAUUAUGAUAUUGUUGGCAUUGUGGGUGACUUGCGCAUUGAUUGAAUGGAAGUGCUUUCAGUGCGAGACUCAUUUGCAUGUUAUCUCACGCUCAUAAACAGCCUUGCUUAUCUCGCACAUUAAAAAAAUCUGAAAAAACAGGAUAUAGAAGUAAAUGUGUCAUACAUACCAUGCUGUAUAACACGAAGAUAACAGUGAUGCAAGAGUUUCAAAAAGGGAAGUACUUGCAUAGUGCUGUUUUGUACUUGAUCCAGUUUUGUGAGCAAGAGAAUUUAAAUGGCUUCUUUCUGUCAUAAACCACCCAGCUGAUUCCCCUGUUGACUGGCAUGCUCUCAGCCAGUAACAUAACGCAGAAGACACUACUGAGAUUAAAUGACCCAGGAUGUUCAACAGAUUUCCUGAGAAUAAGGCAUAGGAACUGAGAACUUUCUUUAACCUGAAAAAAUAGCAAGUAAAUCUGUGUUUGCUUAAUGUGUUUCUUUCGAAAUGUCACAUUUGAGCCCCCUGUUCUAGGUGAGAUGAUGGAAUUGUUUUGUUAGCUGAAAUUACUUCACACAGUGAGCAGCUUUACCCAGUGAGCAGCUUUACCCAGUGAGCAGCUUUACCCAGGUGAGCAGCUUCACCCAGGUGAGCAGCUUUACCCAGGUGAGCAGCUUCACCCAGGUGAGCAGCUUUACCCAGGUGAGCAGCUUUACCCAGGUGAGCAGCUUUACCCAGGGAGCAGCUUUACCCAGGUGAGCAGCUUUACCCAGUGAGCAGCUUUACACAGGUGAGCAGCUUUACCCAGGUGAGCAGCUUCACCCAGGUGAGCAGCUUCACCCAGGUGAGCAGCUUUACCCAGUGAGCAGCUUUACCCAGGUGAGCAGCGUUACCCAGGUGAGCAGCUUCACCCAGGUGAGCAGCUUUACCCAGGUGAGCAGCUUUACCCAGUGAGCAGCUUUACCCAGGUGAGCAGCGUUACCCAGGUGAGCAGCGUUACCCAGGUGAGCAGCUUUACCCAGGUGAGCAGCUUUACCCAGGUAAGCAGCUUUACCCAGUGAGCAGCUUUACCCAGUGAGCAGCUUUACACAGGUGAGCAGCUUUACCCAGGUGAGCAGCUUUACACAAUGGGAAUUUGGCCUUUUUGAAAUAAUUGGUAUUAUUAUUUUUAUCUUAGUAAAUGUCUCUCUUUGUAUUUGAACUGCACUAUUGAGAUGUACCUGUGCUGACCCUGUGGGCACAAAGUGAAUAAAUUAAACUAAACUAAACUAAAUGAAAGAACGAAACAGAAACAAUAAUAAUUAUAAAAAAAGUUCCUUUUAAAUUCGUGAGGCACAUAUUCACAGGGAUGUAAUUAUUUACAUACCACGGUUUUCUCGUCCAGUUCCUCAAAAUACUUCAUGCCUUUGUUUAGAAAUGCCAUUUUCUUAAAAAUAUAUAACAAACUUCAGAAAACAACGCUUGUCAUUAACAUUACUUCACCGUGGAGUUGAUACCAUACCAUACCACACCCACUACAGCAUGAAAAACAGAGUGCACCAAUGAAGUGCCAGAUCGUCCAAGAAUAAAACCCGCCCCAGUGUCAAUCUUUCUGUUGCACCAAUUAGAAAAGCUACUUGGAAGCAAUUAGCAAACCCCUUCCUUUUUAUAAUAUCUGCCCUUACUGUUGCACCACAGAAGUUGGAAAGGCGACGGACUGACUGUAUAUGGAAAUAAAUUACUAAAACGAAUACAGCUUGCAUUAAUAUUGAAUGAAAUAAUAAUUGUUAACAAUAAUGAUAAUGGAAUGUGCUUUGUUAACAGAGGAAAUGAAAUCUUGUGUGAUCUUGUUUUUCCUGACAUGAUGCUCAAUAAAUGAAACUGAGAACA